AUGAGCUCCGAAAACGCGACCUUGACCAUGGAUUCGACGAGGCAACCGCAGCCCUCGAUGGGAGCCGCCUCCACAGAUGAGCUGUCCUCGGUCCAGCCAUCCCAGCCAGUCGUGAAACUCGCCACAGGCGCUAGUCAAACAGACGCGUCCAGCUCGCAGCCAUCACAAGUUGAAACCGAGCCCACAUCACAAACACAAGCUGCCUCGUCUACGUCCGAGGCCUCAGCUCUUCCAGCACCUCAAAAGCAGCCAGAGCCUCCGAUUCAGUCCACUGAGUCCACCGCUCCUGGCUCUGCGGACGGUUCAGCUGUGCCCACGUCGCAAUCAGCACCGACAUCCAGCGAGCCAGCUGCUCCGACACUUCAGACCGCCGCCGAGCCAAGCAUCGAUGCAGCCCAAAAAGCAGCUGAGAUCAACAUGGCAGCAAACGCUACAUCAGCAGCUCGGCCUUCGAACGAGAGCUCUGCUGUUAACCCGACCGAAUCCAGCGCAGAUAUCCCUCCUCCAACCGCUGCUGCCACAGUUGAUGCAUCGUCUCGAGAUGCGAAUGCUGGACCAGCCCAAGUCUCAAUAGGCCUGCAGGACACAUCAGUCUCAGCCUCGGACAACACAACGUAUCAAAAUCAUGUCGCACCAGACUCUGCCGCCCAGAAUCCAUCAGCACCCGUAUCAACAGCUGAGCCUGCAAUCUCAACAACCACAUCAGAAUCGACUAACGCGACAGUUUUGCCGGCGACCCAGCCUGCUGAUGCUUCGUCUGCUCCAUCAGCAACAACCAUAAUCCAAGAUGCCGGCCCCAAGAGCAGCAAUCUUGUCGACACCUCGUCGGAACAGGGCAAAGUUGCAGAUACCGGCACUGCCCUCUCGGACGACGCCAACAACAAGAAGCCUGCCGAGUCAAAUGCUGUAGCGCCAGGUUCUGCAGUCAAUCCUGCGUCAUUUACCUCGACAACAGCAGGCGCAAAAGCAGACUCGGCGGUCAAGACUACAGAAGGCACAGCGGUAGUUGAGGUAGCGAGCGCCGAGGUCAAAGCCGCUACCGAAAGCAACCAACACUCCGCAGAAGCUGCCGCAGCUCAGACAGGCGUCGCUGAGGGCACAGGCUCCACAGCCGCCAGUAACGAGCCAGCUGCGUCCAGCGCAAAGCCGACUCAGGAAGCCAAGAGCAAUGCCACCGACCCAGAGACGAGCUCAAAAGACAAUGAGGCAGCCGCGCCUGCUGAGAAGGCUUCUACUGCCGCUGCCGCUGCCGAAGCUUCCGCCCCAGCCACUCCCGACAAGAAGUCGAAGACCGACGAGACCUCAGCAGGUCUCACAGCUCUCUCGUCACCAUCUACUCCUGCUCGCGAGGGUAGGGUGGCGCUCAUCCUUCGCAUCAACAAGGAGUUGAUUCGACUCUGCGUCGAGUUGCAAUCCAAAGAGCUUGCCACAGACCCCGUAUACCGCGGGGCUGCGGUGCGUUUGCAGGCCAACCUUGGCUACCUUGUAGGCAUCGCCGACAAGUCUAGCAAGCCAAACGAUCUCAACCGCGCAACCGCUCCCAGCGCUGCUCUGCCGAAGCUGGACCCUUUCCCACGAAGCGAGCAUGCACCGUCCUCGCCACUGCCCGCUUUGUAUGACAAACUGAUCGCCGUCUUUGGUACGACACGAACAGGCGAUCUGCCAAUAGCGGACGGACGAAAGCGGUCUCGAGACUCUACCGCCGAUCUUGGCGGGCAAGAUGCAAGGAAACGAGCAGCGAGCAAAGGGAUCGAUCGUUCACGAGAGGUCUCGGCUGCUGGCUCGCCUACAUCUUGCUCCAAUGUGCAGACCGGCUCAACGGUACCUUGCUCCCAACCAGUGGAUAACCCGACGGCAGCGGCACCUACUAACGCGGUUCCUGCCGCAGCCUCUAAAGCCCAGAACCAAGCAUCGCAACAACAACAGCCACAAGCAGCACAACAGCCAUCACAACAGCCAUCACAACAGCAAAUACAACAGAAAUCACAACAGCAAUCACAACAACAAUCACAACAACAACAGCAGCCACCGCAGCAGGGCAAAGGCCUAGACCUCUCUCAAGCACCACCAGUCCCCAUCGCACCGCCUGCUGCCGCUCAGAACAUUCCCAACAACCCUCAGACCCAAGCGCUCAUGCAAGCGUUUGGCCCCAAUGCUCUCGUGAAUUUGCAUGCACUCCAGUCGCACCUGCGUGGACAAGGUACACAUGCAUGGGUGGCCUUCAUGGAAGCCAACGUCGCUGGUUUCAAGGCGAUGCCAUUGCAAGUACAGUUGCAGCACAUGACGUCGUUGCAGAAUGCAGCUCAGCAGCGACAAAAGUCUAUGCAAGCAGGGGGAGGUCCAGGCUGGGCAGGACCGAGUACAGGGAUCGGCAGUCCUGCGACGAUGAUGCCCAACGGUGGCAUUGGUGGCGCCGCCUCCAGUCCAGCCAACACUCGUUCGGUCAGUCGACAUUCCGACAGUCCUAGCCAGGCACAGGCGAGCCCAUCAGCAAGUGGGUUCGUGCCAGGAAGGACAGGCACACCUUCCGGUGGACAGGCUGACUUCCAGAACCGACCUGGAAGCUCUGGCUCUGUAGGCAGCAUGACAAGCGCUGGUGGCCGCAAUCGCACUGGAUCGUCGCAUCUCGCAUUCGAUCCUUCUCAGAUGCAGUCUGCUCCCAGCCCAGCAACAAUGGCUUCAGUCAGUGACUUUGCAGGGGGGCAGCAGCAAGGUGGAAUGCCGUUUGGCUCUCAACCUCCUGGCUUGCAGCAAGGCUCUCCUGCAGCUGCUUCCUCGCCGGCGCAGCAAGGUCAACCUCAACAACCGCAGCAGCAGCCUCAGCCAGGACAGCAGGGCACGGCACCAGGAAUGAUGAUGGGCGGAAUGGGUAUAAACAUGCCCAAUUUCCAGAACCUGCCACCGCAUCUGCAACAGCAGAUUCGACAGCAGUAUAUGGCUCAUCUGCAGGCACAGGCGCAAGCUCAAGGUAUGAACCCACAGUCAGGGUUCAACCCGCAACAACAACAACAACAACAACCACCGCAACAGCAGCAAGGGUGGAACUUCCAGUCGCCGCAGUAA